CUUGGUAGUUUCGUUGACCAGAGCUCCCGUGCUUCGCGGUUGAAGCCUGCUUCUGAAAAUGUUGAGCAGCCGUGCGGCGGCCACAACCUCCAUGUUGUCGCUCUGUGCGCCGCCUCCCGCGGCCUCGCUGAACAGAGUGCGGAGCAAUGUCGUCGCGGAGACAUCCGCUGGCGGAGUUAAGGCGUUGUUUUCGGUUUCACCAUGGGUUUCGUCGAGGUCGAGCAAUCAGGGUCGGCGGUGCGUAGCCAUGGCAGCGCAAUCUGACGAAAACCAACCUCCUUCCUUCUUCGACAUUAUCGAAAUCAAAGAGCUCCCUGACGGCACCUUUCUUUAUUCCUUCGGCGAUGUCGACCCGUCGGCGCCACCAAAGGUCGAUCCUACACCUGAGGUCUCUGCCGAACCAGAGCCCGCACAGGAAAGUGAGCCCACUCCUGAACCCGUGCCAGAGCCGACUCCCGAGCCAGAGCCCCAACCAGAGCCCGAGCCGGUCCCCGAGCCCGAGUCUGAACCCGAGCCGGCGCCUGAGCCAGAGCCAGUAGCCGAGCCAGCGGCACCAGCGGAGCCUGAAGUUCCAGCGGAAGUUGCGCAGGACCCUCCUUCCCCGCCUGCAGAAGUGCCAGAGCAGGAAGCAGCAGCAGCAGCGACGGCCUCUGAACCGGUUCACGAAGAGGUCAAGGUAGACACGGUAGAAGUCGCUGCCACAGCAGACAAUGCAUUUGCCGAUACUCCCAAUGACACAGAACCUGCAGCCGAGGCAGAACCUGCAGCCGAGGCGGAACCUGCAGCCGAGGCAGAACCUGCAGCCGAGGCAGAACCUGCAGCCGAGGCAGAACCUGCAGCCGUGGCGGAGCCUGCAGCCGAGGCGGAGCCUGCAGCUGUGGCGGAGCCCGCAGUCGAGGCUGAGCCUGCCACUGAAGCGGAGCCAGCAGUUGCAGCAGCAGCAGCAGCUCCAGUCACCCUCCCUCCCAGGCCUCCGUCCGCUUUCAAGAAGCGGUCUCCUGUUGCCGAGAGUGUCACUGUAGCGCAGGCGGCUGUAGAGGAGCCCAAGGUGCUUGCAGCGGUGGCAGUGGCAGCAGCAGCAGAACCGGCGGCAGCGGUCGGAGGUGCAGCCACGCGUCAGCGUGCCGUGGGGUUCGCGAAGCGGUCCCCAGUGGCCAAUGCGCGGCGCAAGCAGGGCUCUAAGCGGAGUGCUGUGGCGGGAGCGGUGGCGGAAGAGGCAGGAGCGGCGGUCGAGGACGAGAGGGCCGCAGUGGUUACUGUAGCAGGUGAGGCCUCAGCUGGCAGUGCUGCUGCUGCCACCACUCAUGCGCCUGCUGCUACUGCUACCGCUACUGCUACUGCUGUUGCAACCCCCCAGCGGCCUCCUACCAGAUUUGUGAAGCGGAGCCCUCUCAAGGAUGCGAUUGCGAGGAAAAUCGAGGCGGACGCUGCGGAGGGCGAGUCCAGCGACGACGAAUCGGAGCUUGUCGAGGCCGCCACGCGGUGGCGUUCGUCGCUUCCCCCCCGGCGUCCGUCUAAGUUCAAGCGCCAGCACCCCAGGUUCCAGUCAAGAGUCCGCCCAGGCACCAGCUUGACAGAAGUUUUUUUGGACCUGUCCGGUUCUGCUGCCCAGGAGACUCAGCCGGGACCUCCCCCUGUCUCAGACGCAGCAGCUAGUGAUGUGGAAGAGUCGAAGGUAACUCAAGACGCGGGGGAAAUUGAGGCGGCAGUGGAAGCAGCACCUAGUGUGAAUGGGGUGAGGAGGCGAGAUGCGCUGGAGGCGAUGACAGCCCAGGACUUGAAGCAGCUGCUGAAGGAGAGGAAAGUGCGCGGGUACUCGAGGAUGCGCAAGGCUGAGCUUGUGGAGUUUAUCCUCGAUAUGGAGGAAGGCAGCUGAGCUAGGUGGUCGAUAGGAUGGAAAUGACUUAUGAUAGGAAGACUGGUGUUAUGUUUGGAAUGACCUUGAAUGUUAAUGAAGGUCGCUGCUAGUGUGUGAGACCUUGAAUGCA